AAACCUGCAAAAAUUCCUUGCUGCAAGAAAACGGGGGCAAUGUCAUCAGAAGAUGAUGCUGGCGGGGAGGCUCCUGGGGGCAGUUUCUGGGAGGCUGGAAACUACAAGCGGACAGUGAAGCGUGUGGAUGAUGGAUACCGGCUCUGCAAUGACUUAAUCUCCUGCUUCCAGGAGCGAGCCAAGAUAGAAAAGAACUAUGCCCAGCAGCUAACCGAGUGGUCCCGCAAGUGGAGGACCAAUGUGGAGAGAGGUCCACAGUAUGGUACUCUGGAAAAGGCCUGGCAUGCCUUCCUGACAGCUGCAGACAGACUGAGUGAAAUUCAUUUAGAUGUCCGGAACCACCUGGCUGGUGAAGACUCAGAUAAGAUCAAGGCCUGGCAGAAGGAGGCCUACCACAAGCAGAUGAUUGGAGGCUUCAAGGAAACGAAGGACGCAGAGGAUGGGUUCCGCAAGGCCCAGAAACCCUGGGUGAAGAAGAUGAAAGACGUGGAGACUUCUAAGAGAAACUAUCACACAGCCCGUAAGGAGGAGAAAACAGCCCAUACACGGGAGAACCAUGCCAAGGCUGACUCAUCUAUCUCGCAGGAACAGCUGCGCAAGUUGCAGGAGCGUGUAGAGAAGUGCACUCAGGAGGCUGAGAAGUGCAAGGAUCAAUAUGAGAAGAUGCUGGAAGAGCUCCGCUAUAAUCCCCGCUACAUGGAGGACAUGGAGCAAGUGUUUGAGGGCUGUCAGGAGGCAGAGCGCAAGCGACUGUGCUUCUUUAAGGAGAUGUUCCUGAAUCUGCACCAGCAUCUCAACCUCUCCACCAGUGAAAGCUUUCAUGCAUUGUAUCGAGAUCUCCACCAAGUCAUCAUGGCUGCAGACAACCAGGAGGACCUGAAGUGGUGGCGUAACACUCAUGGACCAGGCAUGGCGAUGAAUUGGCCUCAGUUUGAGGAGUGGUCCCUGGAAACACAGCGACAAAUCACCAAGAAGGAGAAGAGUGGCAAGAUGGCUGACGACGUCACGCUGACCAGCAUUUUGCCUGCACGAGAUGGUGUUGUCUCACAGACCCCUCUGCAGACAAGGCAAAGCGGAGGGAAGGAAGACAUUUCCGAGUGGUCAGAUGAGGACACUCCCAAGAAGUGCCUGGAUGCCAACGGGCAUGAGGAGGACAUAAAGGUACCAGGUGUCCGGGUACGAGCGCUCUAUGAUUACACAGGACAGGAGGCUGAUGAGCUGAGCUUUAAAGCAGGUGAAGAAUUAAUGAAGAUUAGUGAGGAAGAUGAGCAGGGCUGGUGCAAGGGUCGACUUCUCACUGGCCAAGUUGGACUCUAUCCUGCUAAUUAUGUUGAGAAGGUUGGAUCAUGAUUGCUGCUGCCCCACCAGUGCCUCACAGCCAUACCAGCAUCUCCUGCAGAGGUCACUGGGUCACUCUUGACACCAGUCCACCUUUGCAGUAUAUCCAGUAACUUCUGGACUUUGAGGGCACAUAUUCCAUGUAAUUAAUGCUUCAUUUGAAACACCUAGAUCUGUAGAGAUUUUCUAAAAAAUAAACAAGGAUGAAUAAAGAC